UGGAGGGCAACUGACUGCAGGGCACAGGUCAGUGGCAGUUCCACAAACAAAAUGCUUGCAGCGUACAGGUGAAACUAAGUUUCCCACAAAACAAUAAAAGCGCGGUAGAACCCGGCGAGGACUUGAACCACUCCUGUCCCUACCGAGAAAAAGACUGUUAUUUGCUGCCAUGAAUGAGGAACCCGCCACAAUUUGUUUCAAUGAAGAUGAUUAUUACUGCCCUGUCUGCCAAGAUGUGUUCAAAACACCAGUGAGAAUUUCCAUUUGUCAGCAUGUGUUUUGCAGGAAAUGUUUCUUAAUGGCCAUGAAAGAAGGUGGAACACACUGCCCAUUAUGCCGGGGAAUUGUGACCAGAAAAGAAAAAGCACGUCCCAACAGAGCCUUAGAUGUUGAAAACAACAUGAAGAAAUUGGUGGGGAGCUGUAGAUGCUGUGACAAACAGAUUAGAUUCUCUCGUAUGAGACAGCAUUAUAAAUCGUGUAAGAAGUAUCAAGAUGAAUAUGGUGUUCCUUCUUCAAUUCCAAACUUAGAGAUAUCACAAGAUUCAACAGGAAACAGUUUUAGAAGUGAGUCUUCUAUUUCGGAAAUUGGAGAAAAUUCCAAUCUACAAGUUUCUGAAGAAGAUACAAGUGGACAGUCCACAUUCAAAUGCCCUUUGUGUCAAGAAAGCAAUUUCACAAGACAGCGCUUACUGGAUCAUUGCAACAGCAGCCAUCUUUUUCAAAUAGAUGCAGUAAUCUGUCCUAUUUGUGUGUCUCUUCCAUGGGGAGAUCCUACUCAGGUCACAAGAGAUUUUGUUAGUCACUUAAAUCAAAGGCAUCAAGUUGAUUAUGGGGAUUUUACAACUUUUCAGCUGGACGAGGAAACUCUGUUCCAAAAUGCUGUUGAAGAAUCUUGUCAAGUGAACCUUUGAAGUUCUGAGUUGCUCACAUCACUGCUGUCUACUGGGGGGGGGGCUGCUUCACUGGUCUCAAUGUGAAUAAAAGGGAACUCUGUAUCUCAUUGGACAGUGGCUGUUAUUUUCUUGUAACUUAAAUUCACUUAGAAAUGCUUUGUAUUUGAACAAACACAACACAGGCCUUGUAAUAUUAUAUUUUAGCAUGGAAUAUUUUCCCUUUGCGUAAUGGUAGAAAUAGUGCAAAUGUUUUGGGGAAGCCUUUGAUAAUAAACCUGUUUAGAGGGUGUUUUUCGUUUCUUUUUUAAAGCUUUGAUGUAGUGUACUCAAGGAAAUAUUUUUAGUUACAUUGGAAUGAGAGCUGAAGUUGGUAUUGAAAUGCAGAAAAUGAGGGUAAGUAUCUGCUUUGCACAAACUUUGUACAAUUGCAUUGGGCAAGAAUGGGGAAAAGUGAUUUGUAUUUUCUGGAAUUUGUAUUUAAACAAACACAAAAGGGCA